AUGCCAGACCAACCUGAACCCAACCCAACGGUGACGAUCACGGUGCAGCCGCCUCACGACGUCAAGAAAGACAGCCCCAUCACGCCAAAGAUCAGGGCCAGGCUGCAGUUCAACGCCAAAAACUCCCUAAAAAACCAGGUCGGCAGCAUCUACGCCACAGCGGUUGUGAGGGACAUGGACGAAACCGCAAUCGCCAAUUCCGACUACAGCGGAAAAAUGGAAACCGAAUAUCAGUCGAAGAAGACCGUGGGAGACAAAACCAAUGUCACCUAUGCGUUCCCGGAGUUGUGCGUCCGCAAGGCUGGCACCUUUCGUAUCACCGUUUCGAUCCACUCCAUGGAUGGGUCGGGGAGUGUGGUGCUCGGUGAGGCUCGGAGUGAGGCUUUUACGGUGUAUCAAAGGAACUAG